AUGACAUCCAAUGAGCCCGCUGAGCCCAUCCCCAAGGGCGUCAUUGCGACCGCACGUCAGUCUCUCGGGGACCUGUUUGUCUGGAAACAGCGCGUGGAAAUCAUCAACGAAUAUGGAGAGACCCGUGCAGAAUGGCAGGCUCCUGAGCCUAUCCAAAAUCCCAUCAGUCUGAUGGCACAGCUUUCCGCUCGAGACUGGGUCUUCUUUCUUGUUGGUCUUGCAGCGUGGACAGCCGAUGCCUUUGAUUUCCAUGCCCUGUCCAUCCAGACGAAGAAACUGUCGGACUAUUAUGGGCGCUCAAAGACUGACAUCUCCACGGCAAUCACGUUGACGCUACUUCUGCGCAGUGUAGGCGCCGCGUUCUUCGGGUUUGCGGGUGAUAAAUACGGUCGCAAAUGGCCAAUGGUGCUGAACAUGAUCAUCCUUGGCAUCUUGCAAAUUGCCACCAUUUACAGUCAAACUUUCCAGCAGUUCCUGGCAGUCCGCAGCCUCUUCGGUCUUUUUAUGGGUGGAGUGUACGGUAAUGCCAUUGCCAUGGCUUUGGAGCACUGCCCGGUGAAUGCUCGAGGACUGAUGUCUGGAAUACUUCAACAAGGAUACUCAUUGGGAUAUGUGCUCGCGGCAUGUGCCAACCUUGGAGUCGGCGGCGCGACUGAUAGUUGGAAAACCGUCUUCUGGGCUGCGGCGGGCAUUUCUAUCGGUAUCGGUGUCAUUCGAAUCUUCUUCCCCGAGUCAAAGCAAUUCAUCGAGGCAAAGAAGGCGGGAAAGAGGAACAUGAGCGCUGGCGAGUUCGGCAAAGAGAUCAAGCUCAUGUUGGCGAAAGAGUGGAAGAUGUGCGUCUAUUGUGUCUUCUUAAUGACUUGGUUCAACUAUUACUCGCACACCUCGCAAGAUUCGUACACCACCUUCAUGCUCACGCAAAAGAAACUGAACAACGCGGGUGCCUCCAGAGCGUCCAUUCUGAUGAAGACAGGGGCUUGCGUAGGCGGAACAAUCAUAGGAUACCUGUCACAAUUCGUGGGGCGGCGUCGUGCCAUCAUUGUCGCAGCUAUGAUGUCGGCAUUUCUGAUCCCCGCCUGGAUUCUGCCCACAGACGAAGCGUCCCUGAGUGCCAGUGGCUUUUUCAUGCAAUUUUUUGUUCAGGGAGCCUGGGGCGUGAUUCCUAUUCACUUGAACGAACUGUCUCCGCCAGCCUUCCGAUCUUCGUUUCCAGGUUUGACGUACCAGCUUGGAAACAUGAUCAGCUCACCCUCGGCGCAGAUCGUGAAUGCUAUUGCGGAAUCUACCUGGGUCAGUAUUCCAUCUGGUGGCAGGGCAUCUGCUUACGGUCCAGUGAUGGGUAUUGCGACGGCAAUCAUUGCCAUUGGGAUCGUCAUCACCACUGCUGUCGGUCCCGAGAAGCGCGGCCGUGGAUUCGAACUGGUCGUUGCUGCAGUUGACGAGCACGCAGCCGCAAAGAAUCUGGAUCUGGAACAGGGUGAAGAUAACAAAAACAAGGACGAAGUCAUUGAGAUGGCCGAUCGAAAGCAAUAA